AUGUCGCACUCUGUAACAAUAACAAGGACAACGACAACAACCAGUGGAUCGGCCAUCCUCAUCAACACAGGAUACUUGAAAACCUUCCCUGGCUUGCUAAAACUCGCUCAGUUGAUUCUGGGAGCAGUUGUCGUAGGAAUCCUUGCAUACUACAUCAAGCGAUACAACUACUUUGGUACCAUUUCCUCCGGGGAGAUCUACUACUUCACCGUAGCAGUAGCCUUUCUCAUAGGUACCUUUUGCCUCCUGCUAUCAUGUCUAAUAUCCCUAAGUACCGGAGGAAUAAUCUCCAAGACGAUCUAUGAACUCAUCUACCACACGAUCGCCUUCCUUAUGUACCUCAUUGGAGCAAUUGUUUUCCUCGUAGAGGUUGUCAAUAAGACAUCAUCGUACAGCACCAUUUAUGAUUGGCACCUUGCAGCAGCGAUAAUUGGCCUUAUUGUAGCCUGCCUCUACCUAUUCAGUGCCUUCCUGGCUCAGCGAUCCUACCGAGGAAUCUAAAGGAUACUCAAAAGGAGAUUAAAGUUUCUCAUCUCCAGAAACGCUUCCAGAUUUUUAUUUUGCUAUUUUCGUUUUAUUUUUUGUAUAUUUUAUGUCGACUUUUUUUUAUCACUGUGUAUUUAACAAAGUCUGUGUGAAACUCUUUCCAAAAUGUGUAAGGCAAUAUUAGCGUUUGCACUGUGUCUAUGUCAAAGAAAAAUAUACUAAUUCUCAUAGAAGACAAAA